AUGUCUUAUAGUGACAGCGAGGCAGUUUUCAGGAACAGAUGUGCGGCGGUGCUUCUGGCAAGUGAUGUUGUGGAUGCCUUGGUGGCUGGAGGCAUCACAACUCUGGCUCGCUUGGCAUUUUGCAGCAGUUAUGUCCCGGGAUCAACAGACGAAGGGCCUCUGGUAGAAGCCAUAAAGAAGUGCUUGGGCAGGGACCCGGGCAUGCCAGAAAUGGCGGGGGUCCGUCGCCUUUUUCAUGAAAGCUAUGCUCUGGUGACCACGGAGAUGAAGCAAUCCGUGGAGAGGAGCGAAGAGCCGGCAGUCAGAAAGCUGUCGCAGCCGGAGAGAGCCGAACGAUAUGAGAAGCAGAGGAAGAGGUUGUCUGGCCUCUCGCUCCGUGGUCAACUGGAGCCGAGUGACAGCCUCGUUGAUUUGGCGUGCUCCAUUUACGAGGAGAACCGUUUGAGGCACAUCCCUUGGGAGAAAUGUAUCUCAAGGGAAGCUGAGAUCGAGCAUGAGCAGAAGAAGGACAGCCGUUUGAGUUUUGAUUCACAAUCGGGGCGUCUCAAGAUUGAGGCAGAUGACAAGUCGGUCUCAGCUGACAUGUCUAGUGACAUUCUGGUCCAAUAUGCUUUGACAAGGCGUGGGCUGGCAAUGGACCAGGCAGGGAUGUUGGAUUUUGAGCUUCACCAGAAAUGGGUGGACAAGCUCAUCAAGACAAGGCUGGCUGAACCGUCAGUGGGCUAUGCAAAGGUUAGCCUGAGGCAGUGCCAAGAAGCGGAUAGAAAGCUGUUCGCUGAGUUGGCUGACAAGACCCGUGGAGGCAUUCAGGGGACAGCAAGUGGCAGACCCUUGGAUGUUGAGUUUGUCAAGACUAUGCAAUCGAUGGAAGUGAUGCAUUUACUGGUGCCACUGCCAGUCCCAGCGCUGAAGGCUCAAACUGAGCCCAGGGCGCCGCACAGGUCCUGCACGGCAAGUGGCAAAGCCAUAUGCUUCGGCUACAACCUGAAGACGGAGUGGAAGGCUCUUGCAGUGGACCUGGACGGGGACGAGAAGGCUUUCAAACAGCUGCUUUUGGAUAUUCUGGGCUUUACCAGGGCAGUGGAUAAGGAACUGGAUUUUGCGAGACAGUGCGAGCUCCUGGGUGCGAAAUUGGACCUGUCGCGCGAUGCCGAAGGAUUC